GAACGGUUUCGGCGCGUUGUCUGCUUUGUGCCUAUUUUUCGUAGUAAUUUUUUCUCCUGCUGGUCGUUGCAGCCUUUUUUUGUAGAUCUAAGAAUUUGAUAUAAAUUCCGUUAAGUUAUUGUUAAAUUGUGUUUGAGUUUUCAUAUAAUUUGUAUUAGCACGUGUGGUAGCACCGUAUAAGAGGAGUGAAAGCAACGGAAAAGAAAUAAUUUUUGUGCUGGUAAUUUUGAUUUGGUGGAACAGAAAAAUAAGCGCAAAGGGCAAUACGAGCAAAAAGCAAAAAAGAUGGCCGCAAAAUCUGAUGAUAGGACGACGGAUAUACCGGAUCGUCUAUAUGAUUCCACUCAACGUAAAACUUAUAGUCGAAUGCGCUUCUUUGGCAAGGGUGGCUUUGCCAAAUGCUACGAGAUCAUUGAUAUCGAGACCAAUGAUGUUUUCGCCGGUAAAAUUGUAUCCAAGAAGCUAAUGAUCAAGCACAAUCAGAAGGAGAAGACUGCCCAGGAGAUAACUAUACAUCGUAGCCUCAAUCAUCCAAAUAUUGUUAAAUUUCAUAGCUACUUUGAGGAUCCCCAAAAUAUUUAUAUAGUGCUGGAGCUAUGCAAGAAGCGGUCUAUGAUGGAGCUGCACAAGCGACGCAAGAGCAUUACGGAAUUCGAAUGCCGUUAUUAUAUAUAUCAAAUUAUUCAAGGUGUCAAGUAUUUGCAUGACAAUCGCAUUAUCCAUCGUGAUCUGAAGCUCGGUAAUCUCUUUCUGGAUGACAUGUUGCAUGUGAAAAUUGGUGACUUUGGCCUGGCCACACGCAUUGAAUACGAGGGCGAACGAAAGAAAACAUUGUGCGGCACUCCGAAUUAUAUAGCACCCGAAAUUCUGACCAAGAAGGGGCAUUCAUUUGAGGUGGAUAUUUGGUCAAUUGGUUGUGUUAUGUAUACACUGCUUGUGGGUCAACCGCCAUUUGAAACGAAAACCCUUAAGGAUACCUAUUCAAAGAUCAAGAAUUGUGAAUAUCGUGUACCCAACUAUUUAAGGAAACCAGCAGCUAAUAUGGUCAUUUCCAUGCUGCAACCGAAUCCUGAGAGUCGUCCCGUAAUCGGUGAUUUGUUAAACUUUGAAUUCCUUAAGGCUACGCCAGUGCCUACAUUCUUGCCCAGCUCUUGUUUGACCAUGGCACCACGUCUGGGCGCUAACGAUACCAUCGAAGAUCCCAAUCAUCGCAAGCCAUUGGUCGAAAUGAAUGGGCCAAGGGAUGAUACACGAUUGGAGUCGACGUUCUUGAAAAAUAAUCUACAUGACGCCAUCACAGCAUCGGCUCAAGUGUGUCGCCACAGUGAGGAUUAUCGCAGCGAUAUUGAGAGUUUGCAUCAGCAGUUAACCACUUUGAUUAAUAACAAGCCCCGCCUUUUGCAAGGCAAUCUCGGGGAUGAGAACACCGAUCCGGCCGCUCAGCCUCUCUUCUGGAUCUCCAAAUGGGUCGAUUAUAGCGACAAAUAUGGUUUUGGUUAUCAGCUUUGUGAUGAAGGCAUUGGCGUUAUGUUUAAUGACACCACCAAGCUUAUAUUAUUGCCAAAUGAGAUCAAUGUUCAUUUCAUUGAUAGAGAUGGCAAGGAAACUUAUAUGACCACCACGGAUUAUUGCAAGUCGCUCGAUAAGAAAAUGAAGUUAAUGUCCUAUUUCAAGCGCUACAUGACCGAGCAUCUGGUUAAGGCCGGUGCCAAUAAUGUGAAUAUUGAGAGUGAUCAGAUCUCGCGUAUGCCGCAUUUGCAUUCAUGGUUCCGUACCACAUGUGCUGUGGUCAUGCAUCUCACCAAUGGCUCGGUGCAGCUUAAUUUCUCCGAUCACAUGAAGAUCAUAUUAUGUCCACGCAUGAGUGCCAUCACUUAUAUGGAUCAUGAGAAAAAUUUCCGGACAUAUCGUUUCGCUACCAUUGCAGCGAAUGGCGUCUCCAAGGAUCUAUAUCAGAAGAUGCGUUACGCUCAGGAGAAACUUAGAAAAAUGCUGGAAAAGAUGUUCAUCUGAAAAGGAUAUAUAAGACCCGCUCAUCAAUCAUUUUAUCCCAUUAUCCUCUUUUGUCUAUCAACAUUUUCUGAAUCAUUAAUUCGUUUUUUUUUUUUGUUUGUUUGGCAUGUUUUUGUCUUAAAAAAAGAUGCGAAAAUGCUUAACCGCCGAAACAUCCUUUAUAAAUACACUCACACACACACACAUACACACACACACACACACACACACACAC